GCUCGAGAGGGUAUUGUAACGGUCCCUCGACUGCCCGCCUGCCUGCCCACCGCCAAGUUCCGCCGGCGUCUGCGCUCGGCACCUACCAGAUGCAAGAAGACAGUGGUUCUGUCUACUUGGUGCCAAAAUGCAGCUUUAUAAGGAGGAUUUGGUGAGCUGUCUCUGACAGUGAAGUCACAGAGAAGGAGCCAGGCAGCCAUUGGCUGGGAACCCUCAGUCUUCCCUGGCUUCCAGGGUUUUUCUUACUUCCUAGGAGCAGCAAUGGAAAAGCCUACAACCAGGAAAAAGAAGACCCAAGCCCCAAAGGAGGAAGCAGGUGUGCAAAAGGCCACUCUCAAAGCAGAGAAAACAUCAAGAGGGAAAAAGCCAACCAAAAGGACAAGAACCCGAAAGCCCCGCAAAGAGCAUGUCCUCAGUCCCGAAGAUGAGGCGACUCUCUUCGAUGCCUUCGAUGCCUCAUUUAAAGAUGACUUUGAGGGUGUCCCUGUCUUUGUUCCUUUCCAGAGGAAGAAGCCCUAUGAGUGCAAUGAAUGUGGGCGAAUCUUUAAACACAAGACAGAUCACAUUCGCCACCAGAGAGUUCAUACUGGAGAGAAGCCCUUUAAGUGUAACCAGUGUGGGAAGACCUUCAGGCACAGCUCAGAUGUCACCAAGCAUCAAAGAAUCCACACUGGUGAGAAGCCCUUUAAAUGUAGCGAGUGUGGAAAGGCCUUCAACUGCGGCUCCAACCUUCUGAAACACCAGAAAACGCACACUGGAGAGAAGCCCUACGGCUGUGAGGAGUGUGGAAAAUCCUUCGCCUACAGCUCCUGCCUCAUCCGGCAUCGGAAGCGCCAUCCAAGGAAGAAGCACUGAGCAGGGCAGCCUGCAGCUGUGGAUCCUUGUCACAUAUCUGAUGAUGGUCCAGGUUUCCUGUGCAGUGCGCUGUUGACUGCCCAUCUGGCUGCCUGUUUCUGUCCUAAAAAGGAAAACUCACCCAUCAGACAUGAGAGCCCAAAGAGACUUUCUGCCCUGUGAGUCUAACCUAGUGCUAACACGGUGCUCCCCGGGGCUUCCUGCAGCUCCAGCCAUUUUCCAGACUACUUCAUGCUACUCAGGGCCAUCUUUGGAACAGCUUUGGGUCGCCGAGAACUUAAACAGCGUGAGAGGCGCCCCUGUUGGCAAGGGCCACUGCCUUCCUCUGAUGCCUCUGCCUGCACCAUCCUCUGUGCUUUUGGCAGUUCUUCUGAAGGCUUCUGGCUCUGGAUGCCCAGCCCCAUGCAGUCUGCUAGGGGCGGGGAACCCUGAUGUGAAUGGCAGGCAACACUGACCAGCUCUGAGGACCCAGUCCCCUUGGACAGUCCCAGGUCCUGCUCAUCUCUGUGCAGCUGACUUCAGUGAUCCUGAAAUUUUUUCUUUUUUUGGCUGAAAUCUCUCUUUUUGCCUGAAACAAGUGUCUGAGCUCAGCACUUGGGCCUGGAACUGGGCUGCACUGUGUUUCCUUGUCCCAGCCGCAUCUAGACAAGUAGCCUGGACCCACCCGAAAUGGGCUUAGCAGACCCUUGUACCUUGCCAUAGUGGCAGAUUUUUUUUUUUUUUUUUUUUAGACUAGGUCUUGUAGCUCCAGGAUGCCAUCAGCAGCGUCUCUCCACUGUACCUUUAAAAAAACAACUGUGGUCUGUCCCCUGCUAGUCAGGUCAGAUCCACUUUCUGCCGGUCACCAGGGCAAGACCAUGUGGCUAUGUCUGCUCUGUCCCAAGUGCUCUGUGAAGUCUGUGUCUUAAGGACAACAAAUUGACUACUGACCGGGAGGGCUGCUAGAUCAGAUCUCCCCAGCAAGAAGCUCAGAGGACUCAAGAGAGUCAGCCUCUACCUCUACCACAGGACCCAGCAGAGGCCAAGCGGGUCAUACACCAGGGAGGCUGUCAUCACUGAAUCCAUUAGCAACAGGAGAACUGUAGAUGGGUGAGUUCAGGGUGGUAUUUUAGACUCCAUGUGAUAACUAUAGGGUACUCUCACUUGUUCCUACCCUGAAGUUGAGAUGGCCACAUCACAUCACCCACAAGCAGCCAUUACUUCUGGCUUGCUGUCAGCCUACUGAAGAGUCCCCAGCACCAGCUCUUUACUUCAACGAGAGACUCUGACAGCCACCUGGCAACAAACUAAAUGUUCAGAACCUCCUGAAUGCUUUGAGACGUGUCCUUGGAACAAUUACAAGCACUACAGCAAAGUGUUGGGAUUCUGAUUCCAGAAGCGUACUCAACCGCAUCCAGAAAUUUCUGGAACAUGCAAGGCAGCUCCAACUGUCAGCAUGUUCACUGCCACAUCGGGUGGGCCUUGUUGGACAGGAAGAGUUCUGACCAGCACAGCUGCUGCUGAGCCUCAUUUAGAGCAGAGAGCACUGCAGGGCCUGAUAACAAAAGAGAGGGAACAAGAGCUCUGAGCUGUACUAACAUCCAUUCCUGCAGCCUCUUCCCAGCCAAGAGAAAAAGCAGGAGCCACCUCUAGGGACUCUUCUGUUUGGGGAGACCAGUGGGUUAGACUUGAUAGCUGGCUCCUUCCGGUCUUGGAAGCCUGUAGCUCCAGGGCACACCUGGACUUUAUUCUUUCUGACAUUGGUCCCUUCCCAGUUUGACAUCAAGACACAAUCAUUUCCUGUGUCAUUGAGUUGGGACACCCAAGAUGCCCUGAAGAAGGCAGUGCUGAGGAAGAAAGGCUGUGUGCCCUUCCUCAAGGGACAGAUGUUCUAUGGCUUCUCGGGAAGACCCAAGGGGGUUGGGUCACCUCUGGUGUGAACCCCAGGUACAGUGCAGACAAGGAGUCUGGCCUAUGUGCCACAUUUACCCUUAGGCCAAGAGAUGGUGCCCACCAUCAGCCUAUCCCUUCCAGAAUCUUGUGCCUGUGGACUUGGGUGCUUGCUUUCUCCUGGUUCCUUCUCAAGGAAGACAAGUAGAUUGUCCUUUCCUGACUUAAAUCGCCAGAGACUGAUGCUCUCGUGUGGCAGCUCCCAGCCAACACCUAGGUGGGGCUGUUGCCCUGCGGCUGGGCCUACAGUCCUGGCUCUGGACCUGCAGAGGGUUCCUGGCACCUGUGAACUGGUAGCACCCAGCUGGCCACACCUUACCUCAGCCACAUCAGUGAUCUGGUGGACUCACCUUUCUUCUAUCUGGCUGGUGCAGACACCUGAGUGUCUUAAUGCCCUAUUCAUUCCUUGCAGGUUGUGUCCUGCCUCCUGUGCUAAAUUGCAGUGGUGAAUUCCUCUUUAACAGCCACAGCCAUGGCCUGCUGGGCUGUAGCAGAUGCUGUCCCCAGUCUGGUAUUUCUGUGUCAAAGUUGUUAGUGCUUACUUUCAUGUAAUAUCCUGGUGCUGUGUCAGUGUUGUGCACAUUGGACUAGAUAUUUUGUUUUGCUGUGUACUUGGUGGCUUCCUUCGUCUGUGAUCCCUCUACUCCAUGGACAGCUUCACUGACCUCCACAUUGCCUUCCUGUUGCUGCCAUGGUUUUUGUGAGCAGAUGCUGCUGCUGCUGCUGCUGCUACUGGAUUCUAUUUUCUCAUAAAAGUAAAUGUGU